AUGCCCAAGGUGAGAAACACUUCACUGAUCAUUGUUGGUGCUGUUGGAUUCAUUGCCGUUGCGGCUGGNCGAGCCGCGUGGGAUCUCGCAGUUCUGUUCAACCUCAUUCACGCUGUUGCCUUGCUGGCGGUCUUCGCUGCUCUGAAAUCACUGGAUCCUGACGGUCGUGCUGCGAAGUUUCUCUCCCAUGCCUUCUACCUGCUCCUCGCCGGGACCGCGCUGUUCGCCGGCUCUAUCUACGCCCUCUGCCUCGGUGCCCCAUCAAAGACAGUGGGUCCGCUGACGCCCAUUGGUGGCAUUACGCUGAUGACCGGAUGGAUCACCGCAGCUCUGGCCGGUUUCUGA